AUGCAAGCAAUACAACGUUCAGCCAGUAGUUUAUUGUUAAAAAUUAACCCAUAUUGUAAAUACUAACAGAACAAUCUUCUCUUCUUUAACAAUGAAAAUUUUAUAAUAAGAAAAGUGAUAAAACUAGUAUAGAAUUUAUUUUGAAAAUAUUUUUUUUAUAAAAUAAUGACUGAACUUUAACAGAAUGAAAAUUGCCGAUUAAAAAUGCAACAGUACUUCUUCAACGUUCAACAGCAAUUUAAUUACUUCUUCUUUACAUAUGUUUUAUUGAAAACUUGAUAACAUUAUUACUUUUUUGUUCAGAUUUCAAUGAUGGUUCAUUUAAAGAUUUAUUAUGUUUAGCUGGAACAGUGGCUGUGAAUUAUAAAGGUAAUCGUUAUAAUAUACCUAUAGAAAUCUGGUUGACCGAUGAUCACCCAAAUAAUCCGCCUAUGUGUUAUGUGAAACCAACUCCCGAUAUGUAUAUAGCAGCCUCAGCUAAUGUUGAAUCUGACGGACAUAUUGUUAUUCCGUAUUUAAAAUCAUGGAGACAUCCCUCAUCCGAUUUAGCUAAUUUAAUAGCUCAAAUGUCUGAUGUAUUCGGUAUUCAGCCUCCCGUUUAUUCAAAUCCUUCAGGAGCGAACGUUGCAAGAACACCAUAUCCAACACAAGGUAGACAUAUCUGAUUGAAUUUCUAUUUGUUCACUGAGUGCCAUACAUUUUAUCAAGAGUAAAACGUCUAAAUGUAAUCUCGUACAGUAUCGAUUUUAAAUUGCAUUAAUCAUUGCUGCUGAAUGAGAUACAAGAAACAAUGACAAAGGACCCUGUCGGAAUUGGUGUCCAUCCUUGAACCAAGAAACCAAAUAUGCAGUUUUGUAGAACAGCUCGCGGCACGUCGAAUAGUAUAUAAGAAAUUCCAUUUUUAUCUAAGCUUAUAGGAUCUAGGGUCAAUAUAACUGGUCGAGCGUGAUGAUAGUCAUUGGGAUCGAUGCCGAACUUACUGGCACCCAGAGAAACCAAAACGACAUAUUCUCUCUAUACACUUUUGUAGAGCUCGCCUUGGGCGACAAGUCCCUAUAUCCAACACUUCCAUCCGCCCCUUACUAGCGGAGAAAAAUUCGACUUUUCAUCAAUUUGUACGGCUUUUCGACUUCGAUGUCUUUCAGUAUUUUGAGCCGUGUGUCCCACAGGAUAGGUGACCAAGCGUGAACGUUUGCCAGAACUUGCGCACAAGGUAGAGCUACAAAAUUCACUGUUUGAAAGUUCGCCUGCUGGGGCGCGCCAUACCCAAAAUUAUCUCGCAUUAAAAUCUGAGGUCCAAUUUUAAGGUCGUUUUUCCUUUUUCUUGUUCAGUUUUCAUUCUUUUACGUACCACUUGUUAACCAAAAUCUCAAUAUAAGAUCAUAUUCAGAUUCAGCGUAGAAAACUGAAUCGAGCAGACUAUACUAGAAAUUUUCAGACGGUCUUAUGGAUAGCUUUGCUGGGUAUAUACCUGAUUGCAAGGAUGGAUCAUACAGUCGACUCUAUACUUUGGUCCUCCUAGUUCCAAAGCUCGCUUGUUUUACCAAUCUGAACACACAGUUUUGUAGAGCUCAUCUGUGGCUACACAAUGCACUAUUUGAGUUCUAGUUUCGAGUAAGUAAAGAUGCUAAAACCGGCUCUUGGGUUAGGAGUCACCAUGAACUUAUGAAUGUCUUAGAAGCCCAAUACGCAUAUAUCCUCUAAACGUUGUUUGAUGAUACUCAAAACUUCGACACAGACAUAUUUUUAGAUGCUCCUUCUAGUGGUACCUUCAAAGUAUCAAAAUAAUAAAUCCAAGUAUAAUAGGUUUUCUAGAAACCCUUCAAAAAUCAACGGAUUUCAGAAAUAUAAUUUCGCACUUUUAACCAUCAGGAAUUGUAGCCCAUCUGAAAUUGUAUCUCUCCUGAAAUUUUUACCCUCCUAUACCUC